CAGAAAUUAAUGGCCAUGAGUUCGUAUAUGGUGAACUCUAAGUAUGUGGAUCCCAAAUUUCCUCCUUGCGAGGAAUAUUUGCAGAAUAGCUACUUGGGCGAGCAGGGGGCCGAGUACUACAGUGCCUCGCAGGGCGCUGAUUUCCAGCACCAGGGACUCUACCCACGGUCAAACUACAGCGAGCAGCCCUUUAGCUGUAGCAAUGCCCAGGGCUCUGCCGGGCAGCCGCGGGGUCACGGACAGGAGCAAUCCGGCCCGGCGAGCCACUUCCCCGGCCCAGCAGAGCAUUGUCCACCGCCUCCAAUGUCCAACUCGCGAGCCUGCAGCCAGCAGCCGGCCCUCAAACCCCCAAACGGCUCCGCAGUUAAGCAGCCAGCAGUAGUUUAUCCCUGGAUGAAGAAAGUCCAUGUUAACUCGGUGAAUCCCAAUUACAACGGAGGGGAACCUAAACGCUCCCGCACAGCUUACACCAGACAGCAAGUCCUAGAACUGGAAAAAGAAUUUCAUUUUAACAGGUACCUGACCAGGCGCCGCCGUAUCGAGAUAGCCCACACUUUGUGUCUCUCUGAGCGCCAGAUCAAGAUCUGGUUUCAGAACAGAAGAAUGAAGUGGAAAAAAGAUCACAAACUGCCCAACACGAAGGGCAGAUCUUCUUCCUCUGGUUCAAACCCCCAUUUACAAACUGGUUCCAAGGACCAUCAGACUGACUUGACAACUUUGUAGAAGAGGUGAAAUUUUCCAUUUCAUCCUUCGCUUCUGACCAGUACUGUACAUAACUGACACUGCCCAAGCAGAACCUGCAUGUAGCAGCUAAGGACACGAGAAACUGUCAUCUUUCUUUAAGGUAUUGUUGUACAAAGGAGACGAAAUGACGCUACUUUGGACUUUAUUUUAUUUGCCUCUGCUAGCACAACCUAAAAAAAGGAAAACAAAAA